GCUGCCCAACAUGGCGGCGCACUUGGAGCGUAACAUCUGCGUUUCUAGGCGCUUCGCUCUGCGGGUGGUUUAAGACUCUAGGGUUAAAGAGGCCUACUCCAGACUGGUCUUCUUGAAGAAACGUUGACUUCAGAUGCCCUAAUUUAGGCGCGGGGAUAUCACAGUGAACAAGAUAGACAAAAUAUUUUCCCACAUGAAGUUUACUGGCAGGGCAGUUUUGAAAAGUAAGUAAAUGCUGUGUAUGGAAUAUCGGAUGGAUGGCUCUGAGUAAAUCAAUGCAUGCAAGGAAUAGAUACAAGGACAAACCUCCUGACUUUGCGUAUCUGGCAUCCAAAUAUCCAGAUUUUAAGCAGCAUGUUCAGAUAAAUCUGAAUGGAAGAGUGAGUCUUAAUUUUAAAGACCCCGAAGCAGUCAGAGCUCUGACUUGUACUCUUCUAAAGGAAGAUUUUGGACUUUCCAUUGAUAUUCCAUUGGAAAGACUGAUUCCUACAGUUCCCUUGAGACUCAACUACAUUCAUUGGGUAGAAGAUCUGAUUGGUCAUCAGGACUCUGACAAAAGUACUCUCCGAAGAGGAAUUGACAUAGGUACAGGGGCAUCCUGCAUUUACCCUUUACUUGGAACAACCUUAAAUGGCUGGUAUUUCCUUGCAACGGAAGUGGAUGAUAUGUGCUUCAACUAUGCAAAGAAAAACGUGGAACAGAAUAAUUUAUCUGAUCUUAUAAAAGUGGUAAAAGUACCACAGAAGACACUCCUGAUGGAUGCUCUUAAAGAAGAAUCUGAGAUAAUCUAUGAUUUUUGCAUGUGCAACCCACCCUUUUUUGCAAAUCAGUUGGAAGCCAAGGGAGUAAACUCUCGAAAUCCUCGGAGACCUCCACCUAGUUCUGUAAAUACAGGAGGUAUCACAGAAAUCAUGGCAGAAGGAGGUGAAUUAGAGUUUGUUAAAAGGAUCAUCCAUGACAGUUUACAACUUAAAAAAAGAUUACGGUGGUACAGCUGUAUGCUGGGGAAAAAAUGCAGCUUGGCUCCUCUAAAGGAAGAACUUCGCAUACAAGGGGUUCCUAAAGUCACCUACACUGAAUUCUGUCAAGGCCGGACAAUGAGAUGGGCUUUAGCUUGGAGUUUUUAUGAUGAUGUUACAGUGCCCUCACCACCCAGUAAGCGAAGAAAAUUAGAGAAGUCAAGGAAACCCAUCACGUUCGUGGUGUUAGAGUCUGUGAUGAAAGAAUUAUCCCUCAAAGCAUCAUCUUUGGGCUCUGAGACAGUGGAAGGCAUAGUAGUUGUGACAACGUGGAUUGAAAAAAUCCUCACCGAUCUGAAGGUUCAGCAUAAACGAGUCCCCUGUGGAAAGGAAGAGGUUAGUCUUUUCCUAACAGCAAUAGAAAACUCCUGGAUUCAUUUAAGGAGAAAGAAACGGGAGCGAGUGAGACAGUUGAGAGAAGUUCCGCGAGCUCCUGAGGACGUCAUCCAAGCUUUAGAAGAGAAGAAGUCCACCCCGAGAGAGUCUGGCAGUAGCCAGGAUUUGGCCCAGGGCCCCCGGGAGGGCACCCUGUGUGGGCCUGCUGCACAGGAAGGCGAAUCUUCCACUCUUGAGGGCCAUUCCUCAAACCAGGAUCUGCUUUCCCAGGAUGAAAACCCAGAACCUGUGGAGGAUGAAAGGAGUGAGGAAAAGGGAGGGAUGGAGGCUUCAGAAAAUUGUAAAGGCUCUAGCAAUGGGGCCCAGGACCGAGAGGCAUCUGAGCAGUUCAGCAGCCCGGUGUCUGAAAAAGGAAGCCAUCUCCAAGGAGUGGCUGGACAUUACCUAUUCAAGUGUUUGAUAAAUGUAAAGAAGGAGGUAGAUGAUGCUUUAGUUGAAAUGCAUUGGGUUGAGGGCCAGAAUAGGGAUUUGAUGAACCAGCUUUGUACCUAUAUACGUAACCAAAUUUUCAGGCUUGUUGCUAGUUAAAUUCUUGCACAGCUGGGAAGUUUCUAUAAUGUAGCUUGCCUUGGUGUGGCAAGAGGUAUUCCACCAUAGGCCCAUUGGUCAUUAUGUGCAGUUUUCUUUAAAAAAAAAAAAAAAAAGAAAGAAAGAAAGAAAGAAAAGAAACAAAUUAAUCUAUUUUUAACCCCUGCCCAAUCCCCCUUAUUAAAGUCACUGGGCAUUAGUAUGGUAAUUCAUGAGGAUAAAUUGUGGUUACCAGCAUCAAUAAAAAGCCAUCAGUAAAUUCAGGAGGGAUUUAAACCUGACUUAAGCUGAUCACCUUAGCUUAGCCGAGGCCAAAAGGAUUGUUUUUGGAGUCUGGUCUGGGUCAGAACUACAGAGCAUCAUGCUGUCUCUGUCAUCCAUAGUUGCUUCUUGAGGAGGGGUGGCUUUCUCAUUCUCUGAAUAGAGGCAGUACAGCGGGCAGAUAGGCCCUGUGCCCACUUCUAGAGUCACCUGCAAGACUUCUCUGGGUACAUAGGCUUGAUGACCCCUGUAUCAGUCCUGAGGAAGGAACUGGCCUAGUGUUAGGUGGUGGGGGAGAAAGCUUAGUGAUGCCAAGAAGAAGGGCUGACCUGAGAGGGCUCCUGGAAACGUCACAUUCCUGAUUCAUAGCUGUUUUGAUGCUGCUUAUUUCAGAAAUAAUUAGGUAAGCAAAACUCCCAGAUGUGACUGAGAUACAACAGAAUGAAGCCAUAACCCUACCUCCAAACUGUUUGAAAGUAGUGUUUUGUAGUAGUUUUACUGAUGUAUGGUUUGAGUUUGUUUUGUUUUUUUGACAUACAAAGUGGAGCUUUGUUUUAUUUUUAAUGUAACAGUAUUCAGAAUUGAAAUCUGUCCAUCAUGUUUGAAUCCUGCGAUUGGGGGAAAUAUUUUCAUUGCUUUGAAUGGAGAAAUGAUUGAUGAUAGAAAUAAGAAAUUGGGGGGGUGGAGCGCCUGGGUGGCUCAGUCGGUUGAGCAUCCGACUCUUGAUUUGAGCUCAGGUCAUGAUCUCAGGGUCAUGGGAUCGAGCCCUGCAUUGGGCUCUGCGUUGAGUGUAGAGCCUACUUAAGAUUCUCUCUCUCUCAAGUAAAAAAUAAAAAAGUAAAAACAAAUAAAUGGAGUGAGAUAGUUAUGAGCAGUAUGUUGCUUAAGAAAGUCUCAUCUAUUGGCAGAGAAUUUGUAGUUGAUCAAAUAAUGUUUUUUGUGGGUCCCCUUGUAAUCCCUUCUGUGCUUACCUGUUUGCCUUAGAGAAUUCUGAGGCCAGGGUAACCAUGUUCUUAAAACAUGUUUCUCACUGGAAUGUCAGGGUUCAGCAGGAAUGCCUCUGGAAAAAAAAGAGUAUUUUUGUUGUUGUUGUUCUCUUGGUGUCUCAGUUACCCUCUGCUGUACUUAAACUUUCACACCUUGAUUUUGAUUCUACACCAGUAGUCUCAUGUUCUGUUUAGACUGAACUUGUUGUAUGGUGCUCCUUCCUAUCUGCAAAGCAAAUGGGGGCUGAGCAGUUAAGCCAUGCUUUUGAAAGGUGGCUAGGGGCUCCUGGGUGGGUCUAAAAGUUGAGCAUCCGACUUCAGCUCAGGUCGUGAUCUCAUGGUUUGUGAGUUUGAGUCCCACGCUGGGCUGUCUGCUAUCAGCACAGAGCCUGCUUCAGAUCCUCUGUCCUCCCCCACCCUUCUCUCUGCCCCUCUCCCGCUCAUGUGCGCACUCUCUCAAAAAUAAACAUUAAAAAGUUUUUUCUUGAAAAGUGGCUGUUGGUUAGGGCAAAAAACUGAUGACCUUGGCGUAUUUUGGCAACACCUAGACCCAGCCCUCAGCAAAGAUUCAAGAAAUGAAAAUAGGACCAUAUUAUACUUCCCCCUGUCAUUGGAGACAGAGCUGCAGAAGAGAACAGAUUAACCAGUGUUCUUGACCUGGUCCAAGGAUCUCUAGAGAGUCCAUAAAACUCCUGGAUUAUUUCUAAAAGCUCUGUGAACACCCACUACCACCACCACUUCUCCGGAAAUAAGGAUCUCUGACUUAGAGGGGUCAGUGAGCCACUGAGGAUUAGGAAGCACUGGCCCAACCUCUCAUUUGACAGGAUGAGGAAAUCAAUACCCAGGUUCACACAGAGCCAAGAUUGAAUUCAUGCCCUUGAAUUCCUCUGGUUCAGUAAUCUUCUCUUGUGCCUCCUCCCCCCGCCCCCCCCCAACCUCCCCGUCCUCCUGACACAUUUAAAUCCUAUGCAGGCCCCAAACCUUGUGUCUUAUCUUGAUAGAAUUUUAGGAUAAUUGAAUUAGGUUGUAAUUAUUCAUUUGAUAAAUGGUCAAUACGUAUUGUUUGCAUAUUUGCUUCAUUGUAAAAGAGUAGCGUGUACUCAUUAAAGAUUUGGAAAAUCAAAGUCGAAAACAGCAACAAAAUCACCCCAGUCACAGUCUUCUCAGUUAUGACCACUGUUGGUGUUUAAUGUUUUCCUUCUAGUCUGUCGAUGGGAGGUGCAUGAGUGUGUGGGUUUAACUUUGUACUCAUGCUGUAUAUUUAAUUUUAUAUUACGCUUCUCUUUAACGUCUUGUAUUUUUCUGUGUUAGAUGAGUGGUAUGUUUACAUACACUCCUUGCCCGUGCAUUUUGGGCACAGUAUUAGCCUUCAUUUGAGUCUGGUACCAAGGUGUGACCGGAGGCACAAAAGAUGUGUCUUGCGUCUCUGUGUGUUGCAGUGCCCCAGGUUUAAGGCUCGGUGUCCUGGAGGAGGUUUUAUAGGUGGUCAGCUCACCCUUUUAGAAUUUAAAAACUGUAUGAUGAGGGAAGCUUCCAGCUAGAGCUCUGAGUGCCUUCUUUGCACUUGGUUGUCUUCGUUUUCUUCUCUGAGAAGAAAAGUUUAUUUCUGUCUAAUGAGAGAACAUUGAAAACGUUUUUUUAAAACAUCUAAAAAUUAUUUUCAUUAUGUGUAUAUUUUAUAAUUGUGUGAUGUGUGAUACAUACACCUCUGGUAUAAGGGAAAAGGGAAUUUUGUCUUUAAAGAAAUAGGUUAUUAACCCAUGUAUGAUAAGGUUGAGUGGUGCUUGCCUUAAGGGUCUGGAGGUCAAGUUCAUGUUGACGGAUUGUAUGGACUUAAAUCUUUGUGGUAUUAUCUUAUUUUCUUUUUUGGUCCCUGGCAUUGGCUUCUGUUCUCUUGAUAACUAAGGUAGAAACAGAAGCUGAACUUGUUUUCCAAGAGGGACUAAAGCUGCUUUUGUUCUUUGGAAUCUGCUUUGCUUCCAACAACUGGGUUCCUUCACCCCCCAUCCUUGCCCUGCUCUUCACACACCAGGGCGCUGCUGUGAGUCCUACAAGGUUCAUGUCACCGUGGUGGAGUUUCAGCCGAUCUUAAGGGUUGGUGUUGAUUACUUAAAGUUUUAGUGUGUAUUUUUCGAAAUACGAAACCUCUCUUCUCUUGAUGGAAAUGAUGUGAGAACACCAGCCUCAAGCUUUGACAAGUAAUAAAACUGCAAGUUGUGGAAAAGAUGCAAAAGCCCAUGGAAAAUCCAAGGCCUCUUAAAGAAGGGAGUGUGUGUCCCUUCCAUCUUUCUUAAACCACAGCAUUUUCCUUUCUAGCCACAUGGGGGCAUCUUUGGCCCUUUUAUCAAGCACCUUAACUUUGCUGUGAAUGAAUAAAAUUGUGCCCUUGGUAUUUUCUUGAAAUAUCCCUUUACUACCCAGAGAAUAUUUUUUAUGUAAACAAGUACAUUUUCACAUAAAUAAAAUUUGAAAAAUAAAAGUAGAAAAAUAGAAAAACCUAGCACUCCAUGAUCUUUUUUAUGGAUUUUCAACCUUUUUAUGUUUCUUUAUGGUCCCAAUUGACUGUUUUAUUUCCAUGUGUCCUGCUACUCUAAAAUAUAUACAGGCUGGGUCAGUCCUUUGGAUUAACUUUUUAUUAGUAUCUAGUUAAUGGGGAUACUGGUAGGGGAAUGUUUAGUUACCUUAAACAGUAAUUUUUCAGAAGUCUUAUGUUCCAGGUAGAGUUAACAUAGAGAGUUCUAAGAAACAUUUCACUGUUCCUUUGUCUUUUAAUUCUUGUUUUGGUUUAUCUGGCUGGUGGACCAGCAUGCAUGUAGUAUGUUGUUUACAUCAAAAGUUGAUACAGUUGGCUCUGUUGUAUAUAUUUUAUAGGUUAGCUGGGCCUUGUUUCCCAUACAGGAUGUUUCUGUGUAGAACAUACGUAUUUUACUAACUCGGGUCUGUGUUGGUUCACAGAAAAGUUCCAUCUAUUGUGGCACAGGUAUCAGAGGUGAUGGGCCCAGCAGAUCUGCACAGUAGGAGGAAAAGGGUCCAGCUUGGUAGUCAGGAGCCCACUGGGAGAAGGAAAGUCUCAAAGGUGCAUCACAUUUAUAGCCACCCAGGAGGUGCCCUUAGGAAAGGGAUGUGACCUCAUCUUUAGAGAAGUUGGUGCCUAGGAGAUUUGGUUUGCUGAAUGGGCACUAACCCCAGUAACACCCAGAAGAGGUUUACUAGUGAGAAAGAAUUGGCUUUUGCCUUCUGGAGUAGAGCAUUGAUGGUCUUGAACCUUUCUAAAUGCUCCCAAGUACAAAGUCUGGGUGCUCGUGCCAGCACAAUAUUAGAAAGCCCUGCGUGGAGCUCACCCCACUAGCAGCAGGGCCUCACACGCAUACCAGAGAGUUCCCACUCUGCUCUGGAAAGACAUUGAGAUCCUCUGCUGUGACUCACCCAAAUGACUAAAACAUCAGUUUAUUUUUUUAAUUACUGGUUGGAACAGCUAAUGCUCCCUUUUGGAACAGCUAAUGCUGCCUUUUGGAGGCUGUGCUUUUACUGCAGGGGGCCGUGUUGUGACUGAGCAAAGGCCUUGCACCUCUGCAUGCCCUUUGAGGUGUGGCCUGUCUGUCUCUGUCAAAGCAGAAACUUUAGGGACUUCAGGCUCUCCAUGGGGAAGUGGAGGGUCAUGGGUGCUCAUUAUGAGCCAAGAAGCUGAAGUAAGAUGGAGUAGACCAGAAUCUGCAGUUGGGCUUGGCAGAAUUGGCUUGUAUAUGAUGUUCCCAGGAGGUCAAAGGAUCUAUAAAUCCCAGAGGCUUCUCCAGCCUCCCUAGGGGAAUGAAAAGCAGAAAAGAGACUUUGCAGUCAUCAGACCUGGGUUUAUGUUCCAGUUCCACUAGAGGGGUAAAUCUGUUUCACUAAGCCUUGGCGUCCUCACACAAAUGAUGAAGGAUUCUUGCUUCACAACAGCAGCCGUUAGGUGAAAGUAUGAAAGUGAGAUCGGUACUAAGACACCCGGAGGAGUACAUGAGCAUAGUGGGCUUCUCAACUUGCUCUUCUAUUUGUAUUCUUUGAGUUGUCCAUUUCUGGUCAGAAAAUCUACCAGUAGACUCCCGUCAAAGGUCCAAGACCUCAAGUAUGUAACUGUAGGUGUAGAGUUCCACUUGACCAAAAACAAAACCCAUGCUUCCAUGUACCAGAGUGACAAACAGGGAAUCAGAUUGAUUGGCCAUCUUCUGACAUAAAUUGUCUCCUUAAAGAACCCAGCACAGUGGUGUAUGUCCCUCUGUUGAUAGCUUAAAGAAAUGGAAGCUCAGAGAGCUUAAGUGACUUGCCCUAAGGUCAUUCACAGAGCUAAGUCACCGAGAUAUGGGGGUUGAACUCAGGCGCAGAGAUCUGAGACUAGGUUCUUGUACCAGAUCUGAAGAUUCGUAACAAAUGCUACACUUAAUAUGGAAAUGGACUUUUGGGCUCAUUUGACCUGCCUCUAGGGAAGAGAGAAAAAGCCUCUCUCACCCAGCUUCACAGUUGAAGGUAACAUUAUUCUCCAGCCUAUGAUCAAUGAGUAAGAUUUGAUAAAUGAAAUUGCUUAUAAUUAGUUCUUAAUUUAUGCUACCAAAUCUUCAUAGAAUUUUGCAUUUGGCAGGAGUGCAGAUAAUUAAGUAGUUAGGGAAACCACAUAAUAAAAUGUCUAGUACAAGCACAUGUUGGAUCAGAAUCAAUGUAAAAUAACUGAUAAUUAGGUAAUGACUCUUUGACAAUACAUAAUUGUAUAAUAAUGGAAGAAGGGUUUUACUUUUUUUAUAGUUUAAUAGGCAGCUCCAAAUAUUUCACUCACGGAAUUGAUGUGCUUUUUGAUCUUACUGGAGAAGGUAGCAGUCGUCAGAAAAACGGCAAGUCCUCUUCCCCAGGUAGGGUGAAUGAACUCGUGUAAAUCGGGAGGAAAGAAAAGGCUGCCUGCCAUCUGGUGGACCCAUUCAGGGAGUGUGGCCCAAGAGUCUAGAAACUAGAGCCAGGAAAUUCCCAGCUAGGGGACUUGGCUGGCUUUAGCAGCCAAUCAGCCCCCAGGGAAAUGACAGCUUGUGCUACUGCUGUCCAAAAAGAGAAGACUAUGCAGAGAGCACUGUGGGGCCAGGCCCUUCCUGGGAGAGUGGAUGAGGCAUGGGCCUGCCCCUGUAGAUUUUGCGAGUCAAGAGAUUUGAUGUCUCUUGCUGGGAAAGGGGGGUUCCCAGUCUGCUCUGGCAAAGGAUCCUUCAUUCAGCUAUGUUUGUCCCAGGAUUUCUGCCUUCAGGGUCAAGUGUGGGGCUUUAUGAACCAAACUCUAGCCUGUAUUUCUCUGAACUCUAGGUGAGCACCAAUAGGACUUUAUUCAUUCACAAAGGGAAUCAUGUUUUCUCAUCCUCUACGGCAAGGGUCAGGCAAGAUGGAAUAGCUCAUGUUCUGACUAAAAGGGAGUAGCUUUUAUUCAAUCCCUGUUGGUUGUUGCCAUGCAAAAAUGGUGUUGGAUGUUCUGAAUUUUUGCAGGAAGCCAGAAAUCCAGAUUUGUGAGAAGUCUACUUGGUUGUAAAUCCUGACAGUUAAUUCAGUAUUCUGUCAAAACCUGGUAGACCGUCAGUUCGUGACCUCUUCCACCACCAGGGGGUGGAACUGUUUACAUAUUUACUGCCUCCACUUCCCUAAGUCUCAUUUACCUCAGCUCCUCAAGUCUGCUUCCUGCCUGCCCCCCCUUUUUUAGAGUGUUUCUCAUCUCUUAAGAGAGAAUCCCGAAGAUUCUGUCCAAGUUCCUUGUUUGCUCUUUGCUCCUAGCACUUCAGGCUGGCCGCAUCCACUCCCAUGACUUCAACUGCUGCUCACCUAUAGAUUUAUCAUUCCUGAGUCUAGACCUUUCUUGAACUUUCAACACCCACAUACCUAACCACCUGUUGGACAUCUCCCCCAGGACCAUAGUAGUGUCAAAUUCAAUCUAUACCUGGUUCUCUCCUAUCUUCUUGGUCACAGUCCAUCCAGCUGUCCAGAUGAGACAUUUCUGUUCCUCUCUCUCCUUUGCCACCAGAGACUAAAAUCUUUCAUCUUCACAAAUACCUCCCCAAUCAGCCCACCCUCUCCAUCCUGAGUGCCACCACCUUAGUGCUCUUCCUCAUCUCUCACCUGGAUUGGAAGGGUCGCCUGAACCAUUUCUGGGGAACUUGUGAGCUGAGCAGCAGAAAGAGAUUUAGAUAGGUUUGGUGGUGAGGAGGGAGAUGAAGAAACCCACUUUGGGGGGUGAAACAGGAGCGCUUUCAGAAGAAGGACCAGGAUGGAAAGUAGAUCCGUAGGAACAGGUCACAGUCGAGGUCAAGAGAGAGGAGUCCUUUCCUGAGAAAGCAUGGGAGAACUUUUUUCCCCUUUAACAAUUUCAUAAUAAUUACAAAAGUAAUGCAUUUUCACUCUAAGAAUUUAGAAAAUAAUAAAACUUUAUAAUUCCACUACUCAAAUGGAGUUAUUUUACAUGUCGUUAUCUUAGUAUUUUUAUAUGCAUAUAUAUUUUUAAUAACAAAUGUGGGAUCAUGUUGUAUAUGACUGUUUUAUACUUUUCAUGUAGCAAUAUAUUGUGAUAACCUUCUGAUUAUAAAACUAGUGUCUGUCGGAAGACUUAUAAAAAGUUAAAAUAACCAGAUAGCACACUGUCCAGAGACAGCCACUCAUAUUUUGGGUUUAUUAACAGCGUGUUUUCUUUACAUGUCAUCUUGAGAGUGUUCCUUCACUAAACCAGUUGUUCCUUGCUGGAAAUUUUCUAUUUUUCACUAUUGUAAAUAAUGCUUUCAUGGACAUGUUUGUAUAAAAAUCCUCAUGUGUCGCCUGGCUGGCUUGGUCAGUAGAGCAUGCCACUCUUAAUCUUGAGGGUCGUGAGUUCAGGCCCACAUUAGGUAUAGAAUUUAGUUUAAAAAAUCUGAUGUGUUUUCUUACUGCUUUAGGAUAAAUUUCUGUAAGAAUUAAUGAAGCAGGGGUGCCCGGGUAGCUCACUCGGUUGAGCAUCUGACUUGAUUUCGGCUCAGGUCAUGAUCUCACAGUUUGUGGGUUCGAGGGCUGCAUCGGGCUCUGCGCUGACAGCACAGAACCUGCUUAGGAUUCUGUCUCCCUCUGUCUCUGCACCUCCACCGCUCACACUCUGUCUCAAAAUAAAUAAACAUUAAAAUUACUGAAGGCAGAGGAUAUGACCUUUUUAAAGGCUCUUUGUGUAUAUUGCCAAUUUGGUCACUAAAAAGAUUGUGCUAGUUUACAUUUCCAUACAUGCCAGUUUUAACCACUCCUUUGAUAGCUCUACAGGGCUGAUUUUUUUUUUUAAUCCUUUAUUGGGGUGCCUGGCUGGCUGGUAGAGUGUAUAGCUUUUGAUCUCGGGGUUGUAGGUUUGAGCCCUACGUUGGGUAUAGAGAUUACUUAAAAUCUGUAAAAAAAAAAAUCCUUUAUUAAUUGAUAGACAAAAAUAUUUUCAUUGUUUUAAUUUUGUAGUAUUAGUGAGACCAGACAUUUUCGUAUACAUAUUUCUGUUAUAUAUGUUAUCUUGUAUAUUUUAUAAAAUUUAAAUUAUGUUCUGUGUUCAUUUUUCCAUCACAAGUGUUAUUUUUGUUACUGAACUGCAAGGACACAUUUGCCAAUAUUUACCUCCAUUUUGUCCUAUACCUUUUUAUUUGUGGUGAUUUUGUUUCGGUGUUACAGUUAGUGGCUUGUAGAGGGUUUAUGUAAUCAAAUCUGUCAUUCUCUGCCUUUAUAUUUUCUUUGUUUCCUUUAAGGGUAGAAAUCUCUUUCACCACCCGUGGAGCAGAAAAAAUGUUUGCCUGUAUUUUAUUAUGGCUCUUUUUGGCAUUAUUUUUUACAUGUAACACUUGAAUUUGUAUUGGUGUAUGAUAUGCAGUUUAAGAACCUAACUGUGUUAAACGAAUGGUUCCAAGUUAUCACAGAGUAACUGUUCAGAGAGACGACUGGUAAGCUCCAGCGCUGCCAACUGAGGUGAUGGGAAAGGUACUCAAGCCCGCUGGGGGUUGAGGAUGGGCUCAUGUACUGGUAUCAUCAGUCCCCAGCCUAGAAGUGGGAAGAGAGGCACAGGCUAGUAUGUGGCUCCUAGAGUGUCCCCACCACUGGCCAGUACACACUCUCCCAAUGAGCCCUGGGGCUUUAGAAAGAAGUCCAGUUGUGAGAGUGGACGGAGCCCUGGAUCUAGGCACUCCAGCCAGUGACAGGCCACUACUCCACGCCUUACCUACUAUUCUGAGAAGGCAUCGGUUCAGGGCACAGGUAGCUGGUCUCUCUUGGGUUUUACAGUCUUGAUUCUGCAGCCUGCGUCUUAGGUGUGAGCCUGGUUUGCUGGGACAGACCUCUGUCUUUUCUGUGGGGCAUCACAGCCCAGCCCCUCUGCCCUGGGGGGGCCUCCCCUGUCAUGGACACCCCCUGCCUCCACUUGACCCAGCUGGCUCUUGACUCACAAGACUACCCCUCGUUCUGUUCACAGCCUUGCCCAGUCUCACUCCCACUGACCUGAAUUCAUUUUCUCUCAUAAAGACACUUUUUUUUCUUUAGAGGAAUAGCUGAAGUUCUCAUCCUUUCCCUCAUGCCUUUCCAGUUUGAUCAGCUUCCUCCUCCAAGUCCUCUAUAGCCCCCAUCUCUAGCUGUAGCCUUUAGUUAGCUUGGUUUCUCAGAAAAGCUCAAAGUGCGUGGCUCCUCCCUUUUUGCUUCUGAGCUGCAUUUCUUUCCUUAUUACUCAGUGUCCACACCCAGGGUGGUUGCCUGGAUAAAAAUCUGCCCCCUUUCCCCCAGUCACCUUUUCAGCCUGGACACAAACACCAGUGAGGAAUGGCUAUCUACCUAGGGCCAGUUAGAAGCUCUUAAUUCCUCAGUGGCCUGACGCAGUUCAGUAUCCUCAGGCCAUCUGAGCCUCUGGAUCCUCAGUCUGAUUCUCUUUCCUUGCCUUCUCACUCACCUGCUAAGCUUGUUUAUUGGGCACCACUAAGCAAAGUUAAUGAUUAUUCCUGUCUGUAGCCAAAAGGGGUGAAGUUAUCUAUCAUCACCCAUUUCUGUGAGGUUUUCAAGGACUCUGGAUGCACUUCCCCAGGCUUGCCUGUCCCAUGGAGUCAAGGGAGAACCAGGCCACUUACUCAUGCCAGCUGACACUAAGCAGCUUUGUGACCUUGGAUAAGACACCUUCUCUUGGGAGGUUUGGCUAGAUAAUCUCAACUCUUCCAGCUGUGAGGUCAUGUGAGGCAAGGAAGAGGGGGAAGUACAUGACUUGGUUUUACCUGUUCUGUAGGUUCCGGAGGAGUCCUUUACUCAGUGGGAGUGGAGGAAGGUAGGUGAGGACUUCGGUGGAAACUUACAGCUCCGAGGAGCCUGCUUCAUUGAUGACUGAAUGAGUACCACAUUGGAUACAUCUCUAUCCGAGCAAUUCAGAAUCCUGCUCAUCAGUCAGACUGGGCUCAUCAGUCAGUCAGGAAUCAGGUUCAGUCCACUUAAGUGGACCAAAUUAAAGUCCAUUUAAUUGCUUCUUACACCUUCUUAGAAAAGUAUGAUUAUCUGGGAACCUAGCCUAAAAGAGUACAUCAGCAUUCUUAGGAGUCUUUGUGUGGUCAUAUGAUCUCUUGAGCUAUGCCAGCAUGGUGGUAGAGGGCAAAGCUAACCUUUUCCAGGUAUUAACUGUGGAGUUGAGUUCUGCUCUGACCUUUUACCCCACCCUGGCUUUCCAAAUGUCAGCUGGCCUUGGCUACAAGGAUACCUAGCCCCGUGCCUGGCACAUGUCAGGCACACAAUAAAUAUUUGUUAAACGAA